UAUAUCUAUUGUUUCACUAUUUUGCGAUAAAGUAUGUGUUACGUUAGAACAAUUAAUAAAAUGCUCUAGUUUGUUUGGAAAAAGUGCUAAUGUUGAUUAUUAUUCAUAAAGACAAAAAUGAAAACCCUCUUCAUCACAGUAGUAAUAAUGGGUAUGUUAUUACAAAACUCGAAUGCUAGAGGACCAAAACGACCACAGAACCAAAAAGCCGUGAUGUCAGCACUCCAAAAUGUUUUCUCACAAGGCAACACUGAAAGGGCCAUGCAAAUUAUGCAAAUGGCCAAAAGGCGGACGGUAAUGGAAGAAACGCCGUGUAUGCAAAAACUGCCUUGUCCCGGACCACUUGGCAAUCCACAGUUACCACCCUGCCAGUGCCAGAAGCUAGAAUCACCCCCAAAUGUAUGUAUGUGUGGCAACCCACCUAAUCCUCCAGUUAAUUUAAACAGAGCGGAAUGUAUGUCAGCAAAUUUACCUGUCAGAGCUGAGGUUAUAACUUCAAAUGUACCGGUAAACGUUCAGGAAGUCGUAAACAUACCUUGUAACAGACCUGAAGUUAUUACCAACAUUCCAUGUAAUCGACCUGAGAUUCUUACCAAUAGACCGUGUAAUAGACCAGAAAUUCUUACCAAUGUGCCUAUGAGAAGGCCUGAAGUUGUACACGUCCCUGUUCCUUACCCAGUUCCUGUUAGAGAACCUUGUCCUGUAAAGGAAACCUGUCUUCCACCUUCAUUACCCUCAAUCAGUCCAUUCCUACCAGCUGCCUCGCCUGUGUCUGCAUGGUCUCCACCAACUAGCAAUUUGCUACCACCAGUAAUCCCAAGUCAAACGAGAAACCAUUUCUUACGAAAAAUACCCAUUCCACCACCGUGUAUUUGAAACUGUAUCAUAAGUAGUAGUGUAUAUAAGACUAAUAGUGAAGUGAGUGUGAUUUAAUGAACGGAAUAUAAUUUAUUAAAUAAGAAAAUGAAAU